GGUUAAAAUCAAAUAAUUUUCAGUCGAGAAUACACACACCACGGUCCAGAGAACGUAUUUUGAUAGACCGAUGUAAGUGUCACAAUCUAAAUCUAAUUGUGGAGGGACAGAAAAGGAAGAGGGCACAAUGAAUUGUACAGCAUUUAUUGUUUUUUGACGACGAUUAGUAACAAUUAAGACAACAAAUAGACUCUCGGACCCGGCACAGAUCUCAGAUCGUCUCAUUUUCCUCAAACCCUAACCAUUAUCAUUGAUCGGGAAAAAGGCAAACUUAACAAAUCAGUUUCUAUGGUCAACUUCAUGCAUAUAUUCCCUGAACCAACUCCUAUUUUUCUCAAGGGGUAAAUCAAGUUUGUGUGUAAGAGCGCUUGCUAGUUGCCAGAAGUAGCGGAGGGAGGUAGGUAGACGGACACCGCUAGAAACGAAGGGGGUGGCUUCUGAUUCGGUAAGACCGAGAUUGAACGAACAGACUGUGGAACCAACCAAGCUGCCCCUUUAAAUCAGGAAUACAGCGCAAUCGGAGGAGUUCACCUGGAAAAAUCUGCUGUCCCGAUAAACUGACACCUACAGCAUUCCACCUGAGAUCAUACCCACUGCUGUCCAGCUCACUGACCCAACAUAUUUUGGUCAGCACUGCCCCUCAACCAACUAACAUCUGUCCUACCUGCUGCACCUGUCUACCAGGCAACACACACCAGUCCUGACCCGGGAGCCAACAGCAACCUACUUACAAUCAACCAGUCGGUGUGUCUGUGUAUUGAUGGAUCAGGAUGUCGACCAAUAACAACAUUGCUCAAGCCAGGAAACUGGUAGAACAGCUGAGGAUUGAGGCAGGGAUCGAACGUAUUAAGGUGUCAAAAGCCGCUGCGGACCUGAUGAGUUACUGUGAGCAGCAUGCCCGUAAUGACCCACUCCUCGUUGGCAUGCCAACGUCAGAAAACCCUUUCAAAGACAAGAAACCCUGCGUAAUCCUAUAGCUGAAAGCUCCGCCCUGUUUAACACACACACACACACACAAAAUAGUCACUCUGGAAAAGCACCAUACUCCUUAGAUACAGCUAGGGGGCAGUGUCUGCGUUAGCAGACCAGAUUACAACAGCAACGUCAUCCAUGUGUUCUCCCUCUGUGGUAGGUAAACCUGUAAUAACCUGAGGCUGUGACUCACAAUGAGCUACAGACUCAACUGGAGAUGGCAGAUUAAUGUCAACAGGGGAUUAUUACAGUUAUCUUCAUAGGAAUACACAGUUGCCUAAAUUAAGGUAUAGGCUGAUGCAUAGCAUGUAUUUUAGUCAAUCAAUAGCUGUUUGAUUGAUUUAAAGGGAUAUUUUAGGAUUUUGGCAAUUAAACUUUUUAUCUACUUGCCCAGAGUCAGAUGAAAUUAUAGAAAAGAUGCUUAUGUCUCUGUGUGCAGUUAGAUAGCAUCAAACGUUUGUGCAUAUGCUAACUAGUAUCAGUGCAAUGAAUGGAAGUCUUCGGGAACAGCUAGCAUGUUGGCUUUUCCUGUAGACUAGCAAUUGUUAUGUUGCUGACAGUUAGCAUUGGCUUGCAAACAUACUUCUAACUCCCUUCAUACUGGCCCCAGACAUAUGAACCUUGUAUCCUUGUUCAUCUGACUCAGGUGAAGUAAACAAAAUCCCAAACCAUCCCUAUGAUCUAUUAAUGGAUGAAUGGUUCGAUUAAUAAGGGGUAAGGAGAGGGGUGCAGGAUGUAUGUGUGACCAAUCUGGUUUUAUCCCUGGGUCAUCCAUUGUUGCUGAAUGUGUUAUCUUCCGGCUUUAGCCAAGGAAGUCUUCAUGUCUCAGGCAAAGUUUCCCAACAUCUCUAAACCAACAUGGCCAUACAAUUAUAUAGGUGCAUAUUUGUUUGCUGACUUGCUAUUGGAUUGCUUAAUAUUGGCAGAGGUGAUGGCACAUGCCGGUAACAUCUGUGUCUUCACAAGAUUCUAUGUUAUUGUGAAAAUGGCAUAGAGUCACUGCACAGAUUGGUACGACACAUGUACCAACCGUGUUUGAACCCAGAUCAUUUUCAGUGCCACACAACUGUGUUAGCCAACUCACCUAAUGCCUAGCAUACAUACAGCACACUACCACUCAGGCUAAGGUUAGCUAUCAACCAUGGUUGGGGCCUAUUCCAUUUUUAAUUCAUGCAGUUGUUUCCUAAUUGAAAAGCACUGACAAUAACUUGUUUUCCAGUGUUUAUAUUGACUGGAAUUGAAAUUGAAAUUGAAAUGGAACUGACUCCAUCUAUGCUAUAAACAGCGUUUCUGCUUCGGUGAACUUAUUUUUUUACAUAGUUGGUUAACUACAUGGCAAAAUAUCCAGCUGUCUACUUGUGGAGCAAGCCAAUGAUCUAAGAUUAUCCUUGUGUUUCUCCUCUAACAGAUAAGGUAAGGGAGGUUUUUAGGAUGUUUUUACAAAGGCAACUCAGUUCUGAUCUAUUGUCAGGAAUUUGUAUUUUGUCCAAUCUGAUUAGAUGUUGAGCAAAAUUUCAGAAUUGGGCUGCACAUGUAAGUGCUGCCUGUGGUAAAGUUCUAUUGAAGUACAGUGAGGCUGUAGUUCAAUUGUGUUCACGUUUACUGCAGUCCUUUUAACAUAAUUUGUUUAAAUUAAUUACGUUAAGAUAUUUUGUAAGACAAGUUGUUUUUUUCCCCAGCUUAACUUUAAAUUUAAGUACAGAUAUAGGAUCAUAUUUUUCUACCUUGAACCAGUAGGGUGGUGUACAAAUAUUACCAUUUCUGCCAAUGAGAUCCAGGUUUCCAACAAAGUGUAGAUAUCCCAGGGGUUUCCAGUGUACCAUGAUGACACCCUCAGAUGUUCCAGUGACUUCCAGUGAUGUUUUAUAUUAUUUACUGGGAUCUCACCAUGGGCUAUGCUCAUUGGCUUGUCUAGCAUUAUAUUGGAGAUCAGGAGCUAGUUACAAAGCAGUGUCUUGUCUCUAAAACUAUCUUGAUUGUAAAAGACAAUUAAAAAAAUAUUCUAGAAAAAAUAAAAAUAGUGUAUAAACUUU